ACACUCCCGGGAGAAAAAAAGUGAUUCUUUAACUGCCAAAUCUAUAAAAACCCCGUUCGUUCCGCCCCCCCCCAAAGUAAAAAAUAGCAAAAAGAAGAACCCAUUCCAUGCCCCGUUGUCAGUCAGUCCUCCAUUCUUGGCUUCCUUAUGCGCCGCCGCCAGGUGGGGGAAGCAUAUCUCAAGCCAGCAAGUACGCUCUCUUCGACGCCUCGCAGAAUCGAAUUUUGGGCAACCAAGAAUAUAUCGCGCGCGGGCCACGAUGGGGGAAAAGACGGGAAUCAACACACGACUCCCCCUUCCCGCAUAGUAACCGAAAACGAGAAGGAAUGAGACGAAAGAGAAAGAAGAAGAAUGUACCGAGAAAUCGACAAAAAAACGAUAGACCUCACCCCUCCACCGGAAGCAAAACCUGGAUUGCCUCAAACCAAAUGAGAAAGCCCAACUUGAAGAGAAAGAGGAAAAAUAGAACCGAAUGCCUUGAAGUUUUUCUUUUUGGAGCAGGGGAAAAAGCAGAAAUCCGCCUCAUAUCUUUUCGUCGUGGGUCCAAGGCGUCGUAGCAAAGCUCGUGUGCUGUUUGCUGCAUGAACGAAAAAGUGGUAGCCUCCGCCGAGCCACAUCUGUCCGAACCUGUCUGGACCAUCCCGUCCCUCAAAGAGUGACGGUUCACACCAUUGGUCGAGAGGAUAAAAGAGAGUAAAGAAGAAGAAAAAUAGCAGUCGUCGUCAUGUCAUCGUCCGAGAAGAUCGGUUCUCCGCUUUCCCCUGUCCCCGCCUCCUCUCUAGACUUAUCGGAAAUUGAUUAGGCACAUAUAAAUACAAAUGUUUU